AUGAGUUCAGUUUCAGUUGUAUCCUUCCUUCCAGUUUGGGAUGGGUUCUGAAAUUUGUAUUGCAAGUGAUGAAAAAGGGGUAAGUGGCUUUUCAUCUCAGUGGGGUUAGCUUUGUCGUGGACCCCUGAGCUGAGAGAUGGCAUUAUUGGAAGUCCAGUGCCUCAACCCAUGCAGUCUUAUUGAGGACUUACUUGUAUCAUUGUGUAUUGCUUGAAAGCGAGCAAUCUGUACGGUAACUUUUAGGAUUCUUGGUGUGGGUGGGUUUAAUAUCUGCCCGUGUGCCUCAUUUCCUGGGUAUCACUGAGGAAUGGCUCUUUGAUUUUCAAUUUUAAACCCUUAUCUUGCCACAGUCGGUCUUUUAUACAGAGCAGAGUGCUGGAGACAGGCUGCAAUGACGGUGUUCCUAAUGGGAUGGGUUUUAUUUCGAAUGAGUGGACUGUGACAACUUUUAGGUACCUUCUCGUGACUCUUCUCACAAUAGCCGAUUUUCCUCUCGUUUAAUGGAAAAUUAGUAGCUGAAGCCUGCUUCACGUCUCUGCCCCCGUGGUGGCCUGGGAGUACCCUGGCUCAUCUCCCAGGACAAAUGUCAGACAGGCCGGCCACAGCCCAAGGAAGUGGGGGCAAAGGGGGUGCCCCAGUCCGACCUCAAGGGCCCAUGUGGCUUUUGUAUUGAGGGCAGAGUAGUUGUGCUGUUGGCUUUCAGCAGGAGCCAGGCAGAGCAGCUGUCCGUGGGCUCCCCUGUUGGCCGGGGAUGUUGACCAGGAUGUGGAAGGAAUCAGGCGGGAACCCCCGGCGGGAUGGUCAUUGCGGUGUCUCUGCACCUAAGUGAUUUGUUUUCGCAGACAUCAAUGCUCAGGAUUGAUCAACCGCAGGAUCAUCAAUGCUUGGGAAGGGUAGAGCUUGUGUCCCAUCAGAGAUAUGACUCCGAAUCUGUGGGGACUCUCCCCCGGCUGACUCAUAAAAUGAAUGGGCACCUGAGCCACUCCGUGUGAUGCUGAAAACCGGGAGCGCUCGGGUGAGGCUUUCAGCCAUAAAGUCUGCCUUUCCCCAGGGGAGUGGCCGCUGAUGGUGUGUUUUCUAUUUGAAGCAACUCUAAAGGGGCCCACCCAAGUUUCAGAAAGAAACUCAGGUUCUUGACAUAUGCAGGGGGAACCCUUUCGUUUCUAAAAUCUGUUUAAAAAAUUUUACUAUUGGUGAAAAUAUCCUCUUACGCAUUUGCAGUGACACCUCCAUCCUCCCUGCAGUGCCCCAUGAGUGCAGGCCUGUGCCCGUGACCUGGCUGGACCCUGGGGUUUUCCUGUGCCGCUGGUCCUGAGCUGCUUGUGCUGUCAACAGGGCAGCCCUCCGGGUCUGGAUAAGAGGUUCUGCGUGCUCCUUACAGUUCAAAGCAGGUGUGGGCCAUCUUCCCUGCCUCCUGCCUUGUCCUCCAGUAGUAAGUCACGCCCCUGUCACUCCCUGGAGCCACUCCACUGAGAUUGUUGAUUUUACACUGAGGCUUCUCUUUGGGACACCCAAGGCUCGUGGUUACCCGAUGGAGGAAAAAUUCUGGGAGAAUCGGCUGGUGAGAUGCCUGACACCGCUCUCCUGGCAUCUGACAUCAAGGAUAUCUUAAUUUUUUUAAUUUUUAAAAAUUGUGGUAAAUACACAUAACAUGAAAUUUACCAUCUGAAAUACUUCUAAGUGUAUGAUUCUGUGGCAUUAAAUACACUCACAGUGUUGUGCAACCAUCACCACCAUCCAUCUCCAGAACUUUCUUCAUCUUGCAAUCUGAAACUCUGUGUCCACUAACUCCCCUUUCUGCCUCCCCCAGCCCCUGGCAGCCACCAUUCUACUUUCUGUCUCUGAAUUUGACGACUCCAGGUGCCACAUCAAUUGCUUUCCUGGAGAUCAGAACCAUGGCUGGGUUUAACAUCAUCUUUGGAAAUCCUAAAAGGCAAUGAAGUGUCUCUGGCUGUGCCCUGUGGUGUACUUACAUCCUGAUUUUGUGGGAGGCUGGCUCCUCUGCUCCAGUGGCUGCCUUCCUGGAGGAGACCAGCUUGUUUGCCACCUCUCCUGAUGCCCAGAGCAGCGGCCCACUCGGGAAGUCCCGCUUCCUCACCUCGCUGUCUGCCCUUCCCCACAGGUGGUUUUCUGUCAGUGCCGACAUCUCCCCAGCUAGGAGACCCUCAAAGGUGCACAGUGGCUGCCUCUGGGGAACGAUGGCUGCGUGAGUGCCCGCCAUGCCCCACGAGAAGAGUCUACCAUGGCCCACCGGAAGCGUCUACCAUUGCCCACCGGAACCAUCUACCAUGGCCCACCAGAAGCGUGAGAGCGCGGGGAGCAGCAUGUUGGACCACAGGGCAAGACCGGGUCCUGUCCCCCACCACCAGGAGUCCGAGAGCGAGGACGUGGAGCUGCCCUUGGAGGGCUAUAUGCCCGAGGGCCUGGAGCUGGUCGCCCUGAGGCCAGAGAGCCCCACGCCUAAGGAGCAGGAGUGCCAAAACCACAGCCCCGAUAGGGAUUCCAGUUCCGACUACAUAAACACCUCUGAGGAGGAGGACUACGACGAGGGCCUCCCUGAGGAGGAGGAGGAGGAGGAGGGCAUCCCCUACUACAUCCGCCACUGCCCUGAGGACGACAGCUACCUGGAGGGCAUGGACUGCAAUGGGGAGGAGUACCUGGCACACGGCGUGCAUCCUGUGGACACUGACGGGUGCCAGGAUGCAGUGGAGUGGACAGCCUGGGCGGGCCUGCACCCCCAUGGUCACGGGGCUAAAGGCAGCCAGGACUACCUAGAUAGCCAACUGCCCAUCCCGGAGGAUGAGCCCUCCGUCCUGGAGGCCCAUGACCAGGAAGAAGACAGUCACGACUGUCCCAGCAAAGAGGGCUGCCAGGACUACUACCCUGCAGAGGCUAACGAGAACACCAGCGCUUCUGCCUACUGCCUGAGGUGUGGGGACGGGGGCCUGGAGGACCAGGAGGAGGACAUCGACCAGAUCAUGGCAGAGAUCAAGAUAAGCCUGAGGAUGACCAGCAUCACCAGCACCAGUGAGGCCAGCCCCGAGCAUGGGCCAGAGCCAGGGCCUGCGGACUCUGCAGAGGCCUGCCCACCCAUCAAGGCCAGCUGCAGCCCCAGCAGGCAUGAGGCGAGGCCCAAGUCGCUGAACCUCCCUCCCGAGACCAAGCACCCCGGAGACCCCCAGAGAGGCUUCAAGCCCAAGACCAGGACCCCAGAAGAGAGGCUGAAGUGGCCCCACGAGCAGGCAGUGGGGCCUCAUCCACAACCCUGGAAAAGAACUGGAAAGCGUUGCUCAGCCAGGCCGCGGGGAAGGGUCGGCGCGGACGGAGCUCGGGGUAUGGGGGACCCUCGCGCCUUCCAGCGGCGCUGGCGGGCCGAGUUCCCCGGGGCGGAGGCGCCAGUCCCGAGGCAGGAGUCGGCGCGGGACGCGGAGCAGGAGCUGGAGCGCUGCAGACUCAACCUGGAGCAGCUGCAACAGGUGCUGGCGGAGGAGCGACUCAAAGCCUCCCUCCUGCAGGCCGUGCUGGCCGGGGGCGGCGGCGGAGACUCCGGGGACCCCGGGCGCCCCCACCCCGAGGCUGAGUCUCCCGGCGCGGACCUGCCCGCCGGGCCGGUGGCCGGAGAAGCGGGCGGGGGAAGGAGCUGGGCCGACGCCGUCCACCAGCAGCUCCUGCAGCCCCAGCUGCAGUUCCGAGCCCGGGAGGACGACGCGCCCCUCGGGGACCCUCACGCGGCUCCUGGUACGGACGAGGGGGGCGACGGCAGCGACCACGACUUGGAGAUGGUGGAUUUCAACGAGAAGUUCAUUCUCGGCUGCUGGCUGGUGGCCCCUUGCCGGUUCGGGACCCGCGAGGAGGCGGAGAGGCCGGGGCGGACGUGCAGCCCCCACCGUUGGAUGCACCUGAUCCCCGGGGGGCGGCGGCCGCAGCGGGGGACCCGCGACCUGGAGCAGCCGGAGGCCAAGGACCGCCCGGGCUCGCCCCUCGCCGCGGAGGAGACCACCCCCCUCGCCGCGGAGGAGACCCCCAGGCGCGAGUACCUCCCACCGUGGAGGCACCAGAGGUUCCUGCCGGUGCUCGAGCGGGACUCGCCCGGCCACAGCUCGCCGGAGAGAGACAGCGACGGCAGACGGCACAGCUCUGACCGACAGGAUGGCUUCUCCGCAGGAUAUAGAAGAGUUAGAUCACUACGAGAUGAAAGCAGAGCCCAUUAGUGGGAAAAAGUUGGAGGAUGAAGGAAUUGAAAAAGAAA